AUGAGCGAAAGCAUGAGCAUGACAGGCAUUGAGAUGCUUAACGACGUUGGGUCUCCAAAGAGCAAGAAAAAGAAGAAGUCUUCCUCUGGCAGUGUCAGCAGUCGCAAAUCUUCGAGCAGUCGAAAGUCUCUCAAGUCUACAAAGUCCAGCAAAUCCAAGAGGAAUCUUAAGAAGGCAAAGAAAGGAACUGUCAAACAAGCGAGUAGCAAAUCGCUGAAGAUUGACGACAAUGUCAGUCUGAUUUCAGAUGACUCCUUGAGUCUUCGGAGUGAAGAUGAGAGUCUCAAGUCCACUAAAUCCUUCAAGUCUACCAGCAGUAAAAAGUCUAAGGGGAAAUCGAGCAGUCGAAGGAAAGAUAGAAAAGCUGGUUUAAGCCCAAAACGGAGCAACAGUUUGGGUCAGUUGGGAGGCAAGAAGGCAGAGAAGAGAGCUGAGGACCCCAAACGUUCAAACAGUAUGUCCAUGAUGGCCGGUAAGAAAGAAACCAAGAGAUCGGAAUCCAAUCUUUCAGGGUCUUCUUCUAAGUCCAAACGAAGAGGCAGCAUGGGUGGCAUGUCCGAAAAGAAGGCAACUCGUAGAGGCAGCAUGUCCUCCAAUUCCAAAGCCAAGUCAAAAAGACGAGGGUCCACGUCCGGAUCUAGUCAUUCUCGCUUUUCCGCGGAUGAUGACAGCAUUCCAUUCAGUUCCACUGUCGAAAAGAUUGAUGAAAAUGGAGAACUCGGCAAUGAUUCCCAGAAGAAGAAAUCGUCUCACAAAUCACGCCACAACAGUUCCAAUACAGAAAGCACUGCUAGCAGUAGCGGUGGCUCUGGUGGUGCUAUUCCUGCUCAAGUGGAAAUCGGAUCUAGUUCUACGCCAGAUUCCAAGCAAUCCCCCGCAAAUGAUGAUGAUGUCCCGUUGGAAGAGGAGCAACUACCGCUGGAUGAAGAAGAUUUGGCCAAGUACAUGGAAGCUCGCAGCAAGAAAUUGAUUGCCAGCAGCGAUGCCAAUUUUGCACUCACCAAAGAUGCGGACAACCGGGUGGACCUGAAGAAGGAAGUCGCUGAACUCAUUGAAGGAGUUGCCGGUCCAGAAUUUGUGGAAGAAGUUUAUAUCACUGUCAAUGGGCAAAAGUACGAAAAGGUUCCAGUGAACAGCUUGCAAUGGUACAUGUUUCGGUAUGCCGAACUAAUGAAUGAUACCCUUGAUAUUCAUGAAGAUCCUCGUCCUCCACUCUAA